AUGCCGUCCUUCUCCAACGACAGCUACCCCACGACCACGGCAACAGCAACGGCUACACAUCCACGUUCGUUCGAAACCCCUCAUCACAAGUCGCACGACAAGAACUCCGUCGGAAACACCUUCCUGUGGACAAACUGGCCCAACGGCAACGGCAACAGCAACAGCAACGGCGACGCCAAUCACGACGCCGAUCACGACGCUCACCAGAGUGACCGGCUGCUCACCAACCUAAAAAACGGAAGCGCAUACUCUUUGAAUGGCCCCCGAUCGAGCGUUAGUUCUUAUUCGCGCGACCUCCCGCACUCCAAGGACGGUAGCAUGCACUCGCUAGGAAAUGAGUCGGCUAAAGACACCCGGGACGGUGGUCGGCCGACCGCCAUGCUGGACCGGAAGUCAUCGGACGCUGGACCUGGAGCAGGCUCCGCGACAGCGUCCGUUUCUAGUCAACAGGUUAAUGGUACGACCACCUUCAGCCAGCGGUCUGUCCAGGGGAAGCCGAUGGCCAACGGGGAUGGUCACCGUCCCUCCGCAGACGAGCUAUCUGUUCCCGAUCGGGCUGCCAGUCCCUCUAUUUCGUUACUACAGAUUCCACAACAGGACGACUCGGGCCGUCACUCCCCAGACCCGGAUCGAUUGGCCCCGAAACCCGGCCAGCAUCGCUACUCAUCCCCUCCCGCCCCCACGACCGAUGUUAUCUCAAUGCCCGAUUCCCAACCGUCCAGUGUUCGACACCGACACUCGCUACAGGUUCCAAGAACGCCCAGCAUUCGACGGAAUAGCCGAGAUACAAGUGAUGAUAUUGCGUACAGCAGUGGUCGACUCUCACCGACCCCCGGUGUUCCUCGGCGAACUUCAUUCGGUCUGGUUCGACGCGGAACAAGGGCAAGCGCGCAUGAUGUGUCGCUGGACGAAUCACUCGCUGAUGAUGAUGCGGCACGGUGGGCGGAGGCAAUCAAACAGAAGCGCGCAUCGCGGCGACGGCGUGAGGAGGAUGACGAUGAGCGGGUUAUCGUGGGCACCAAGGUCGAUCAGAACCACGUUAACUAUGUCACCGCAUACAAUAUGUUGACUGGAAUUCGCUUUACGGUGUCGCGAAUCAACGCGAAGAUGGACCGGGAACUCACACCGGCCGAUUUUGAGGCCAAGCAUAAGUUCUCGUUUGACAUAACUGGCAACGAAUUAAUACCCUCCGCAAAAUACGAUUUCAAAUUCAAGGACUACGCACCUUGGGUCUUCCGACACCUUCGCGCCAAGUUCCGACUCGAUCCCGCCGAUUACCUGAUGUCCCUCACCAGCAAGUACAUUCUGUCCGAACUGGGCUCACCUGGUAAGAGCGGUAGUUUCUUCUACUUCUCGCGCGACUACAAGUACAUCAUCAAGACGAUCCACCACUCCGAGCAUAAGCUUCUCCGAAAGAUCCUGCCCGAAUACUAUCGACACGUCGAAAAGAACCCGAAUACCUUGAUCUCGCAGUUCUACGGACUACACCGAGUGAAGAUGGCAUACGGCCGGAAGAUUCACUUCGUGGUGAUGAACAACCUGUUCCCGCCUCACCGGGAUAUUCACCAGACAUUCGACCUGAAGGGCUCAACAAUCGGACGAGAUUUGCAGGAGUCAGAUCUCGAGAGGAACCCGCGGGCGACCAUGAAGGAUCUGAACUGGGUCCGGAGAGAUCGUCACUUGCUGUGCGGUCCGAUCAAACGAGAUUGCUUCAUCGAACAGCUGAAAAGAGAUGUCGCGUUGCUCAAGAGGCUCAAAAUCAUGGAUUAUUCUCUCCUGGUUGGAAUACACGAUACAGAGCGCGGCAACGAAGAGAAAUUGCGUGACAAGACUUUGCAGGUCUUCCAGCCGGGGAGUGAUCGCGAGACCGAAGCGAGUCCGAAUAUGCUCAUGCGCACCCCGUCCAAGCUAGAAAAUGAGCGCAAGGCCAGGGAGCUUCGCAUGUUGAUCAAGCGCGAGAGACCUGUGCCUUUAGAUAAAGCAACUGCCAAGAUGCCGGAUGAGAUUCUCGACGAACGGAAGUACCACGUCUUCUACGCCGAUGAUGGUGGUUUCCGAGCUACUCACGAGAAUGGGCAACCUGGAGAAGAGAUCUACUACCUGGGUAUAAUCGAUUGUCUGACUCACUACGGAACGGUCAAGAAGAUAGAGCACUUCUUCAAGGGCCUUUCGAACGAUCGAACUCAGAUUUCGCCCAUACCGCCAGAGGGGUACGGUGACCGAUUCAUCAACUUCGUCAAAGGCAUCACCAUGUCAAAAGAAGAAGCUGAGCAACGACGUGAAUCGAAGGCCUCCGUACGACCGUCGGGUGAUAAGAGACGAUCAUCAAGAUCCUCGUCUGUCGAAAGGACCAUGCAGGCAGCCGAGAAGGAAGCGUCGAAGGAUGUAUCAAUUACCCACCCUCGAACCCUCGCAACUGUGUGGGACCCUGCAGAUGCCAGCGGCCCUGGCCCAACCUCGACCCUUCCAAUUGUGGACGAGGCAGGUGAAGCCAGCAGCGUCGGAGGCCACAGUUCACACAGCCCGCAACCUCCCACCGACAAGGACCUUCCUCCUGUUCCCACCGAUGCCCGCCCUCAACCCCCGAGCAAAGACACCGGCAAAGGCAAAGAGGUUGACCGUGGAGAGGCCCGACAGUGA